UACUGUAUAAUUUUGAUGUAAAAUAAAGGCUAUUACUUGGCUUUUUUUUUCCAAUUAUGCUGUCUUUGUGUGCAAGGUUAGGCUGUCCUCCUUGGAAUGCUGCAUAGGCUGGACAGUGCCUCUUCAUACCUCUCUUUUAUUAGUGCUCAUUUUUGUGUUUAUCGCUUGCCAGUUAUUCUUUCCCAGGACUAAGUGCGGAUGACAAGAAAUGAAAUAGAAGCCAUUGAGCAGAGGAGGGCUGCAUUGAUUUUGCAGCAGGUGAUAAUGCAAUAGUAGCGUGCAGCAGGCUGGGGGUGGACGGGGGAAAGAAAGACAUCUAAUUUUGGAAGAGCUGAGAUGGAACCACAGCCUGUGUUCAACAUAGCAACAACUUUCUGUAGAUCUGCAUGGAAGGCAGCUCAGAAUACAGGACUUGAGCAGGUCCUAAGGACGGAAAAGCAGCAAUAAGAAACAUUGAAUCAGCCAGUGAUACGCACGAUAGAAAAAAUGUCCGGCGAGGAGGAAGCAUCCAAGUGGCAGGCUGGUAAUACUGGAGCCGGGGACUGCACCUUCCCGGUAACAAACGGCCCUUUCUCUGGCUGCUGAGUGAGCUGUAAUUUUGUCGAGGAGGCAAUUAUCGUGGAAUAUUAAAGGGGGAACCGGACUAUUGUGGUUUCAUCCAGAACGCUGUGAAGAUUGUGUUUAGAUGAAAUCUUCCUUUUCUUCUCGCUGCCCUAAAGCGACUUUGUUUACUUGAUCUCUGCCACCGAUUUUUUUCUCUUUAAGUGCUCUUGAGUCCCUUGUCGUCUCGGGUAUCGAGUAAAUCUGAGAAGAACUUAUUUUUUAUCGUCUUCUCCUCCUCUUCUUCUCUAGAUGUCCAGAGGUGCCAGCUGAGAGGUCACCACGAAGGAGAAGUAUCUCUGGGACCAGUACAUCUGACAAGGCCAACUCCAUGGACCCCUCAAACACCUCUCCUUUUAAAGUCCCAGGCUUCUUCAGCAAACGUCUAAAAGGCUCCAUAAAGAGGACGAAGAGUCAGUCAAAGCUGGACAGGAACACAAGCUUCCGCCUCCCGUCAUUGCGGCCCGCAGACACUGACAGGACACGUGGGUUACCCAAACUGAAAGAAUCCCGUUCUCAUGAGUCCUUGCUGAGUCCAGGAAGUGCUGUGGAGGCUUUGGAUUUAGGGGCAGAAGAUAAAAUUUUGGUCAAGCCAUUGCACAGCAGCAUACUGGGGCAAGAGUUCUGUUUUGAGGUAACAUACGCCAGUGGUAGUAAAUGCUUCAGCUGCUCCUCAGCUGCCGAAAGAGAUAAGUGGAUGGAAAACUUAAGACGAACAGUUCAACCAAACAAGGACAAUUGCCGCCGGGCAGAAAAUGUAUUGCGCCUGUGGAUCAUUGAGGCCAAGGACUUGGCCCCCAAAAAGAAGUAUUUUUGUGAGCUUUGUCUGGACGAUACACUGUUUGCCCGCACUACAAGCAAAGCAAAAGCAGACAAUAUAUUUUGGGGAGAGCACUUUGAGUUUUACGGUUUGCCCCCUCUCCACAAUAUCACCGUGCACAUCUAUAAGGACGUAGAGAAGAAAAAGAAGAAGGAUAAAAACAAUUAUGUGGGGCUAGUAAACAUUCCUAUGGCCAGUGUGACAGGCAGACAGUUUGUAGAGAAGUGGUACCCUAUAAGCACACCUACCAUAAACAAAGGCAAGACUGUGGGACCUUCUAUCCGCAUCAAGUCCCGGUAUCAGACUAUCACCAUUCUGCCUAUGGAGCAGUACAAGGAAUUUGCUGAAUUUAUCACUGUAAACUAUACAAUGUUAUGCUCUGUGCUGGAGCCAGUGAUCAGCGUCCGGAACAAAGAAGAGAUGGCCUGUGCGCUGGUGCACAUUCUGCAGAGUACGGGAAGGGCCAAGGACUUUCUGACCGACCUAGUAAUGUCAGAGGUGGACCGAUGUGGUGACCAUGAUGUCUUAAUCUUCAGAGAAAAUACACUUGCCACCAAAGCCAUUGAGGAGUAUCUGAAAUUGGUGGGACAGAAAUACCUGCACGAUGCUCUUGGGGAGUUCAUCAAGGCCUUGUAUGAAUCAGACGAGAACUGCGAGGUGGAUCCCAGUAAAUGUUCAUCUAGUGAACUUGCUGAACAUCAGAGUAACCUAAAGAUGUGCUGCGAACUGGCUUUCUGUAAGAUCAUCAACUCCUACUGUGUUUUUCCCAGGGAGCUAAAAGAAGUCUUUGCAUCUUGGAAACAGCAAUGUAUUAAUAGGGGCAAGCAAGAUAUCAGCGAGCGGCUGAUCAGUGCCUCUCUGUUCCUCCGAUUCCUCUGCCCAUCAAUUAUGUCCCCAAGUCUCUUUGGCCUGAUGCAGGAAUAUCCCGAUGAUCGCACUUCUCGGACUUUGACGCUCAUAGCCAAGGUGAUACAGAACCUCGCCAACUUUGCAAAAUUUGGCAAUAAGGAGGAAUACAUGGCUUUCAUGAACGACUUCUUGGAGCACGAAUGGGGUGGGAUGAAACGUUUUCUCCAAGAGAUCUCCAACCCAGAUACCAUCUCGAACACGCCGGGAUUUGAAGGUUACAUCGACCUUGGCCGGGAGCUCUCAGUCCUGCACAGCCUCCUGUGGGAAGUGGUGUCUCAGCUUGAUAAGGGUGAAAAUUCCUUCCUACAGGCCACCGUGGAAAAACUGGGACCGCUGCCGCGCAUCCUUGCGGACAUCACCAAGUCUCUGACCAACCCCACUCCCAUCCAGCAACAGUUAAGACGGUUCACUGAGCACAGCUCCACUCCAAAUGUAAGUGGCAGCCUUUCUUCAGGACUUCAGAAGAUAUUUGAGGACCCUGCUGACAGUGAUCUUUUAAAGCUGAAGUCUCCAACCAUAGAAAAUGUUGAUAACUACUUCAGGGGGAAAACACUGCUUCUUGUCCAGCAAGCAUCAACGCAAAGCAUGUCUUACUCUGACAAGGACGAUAGAGACAAUGUGCUUCCCAAUGGACGUAGUGUGUCCUUGAUGGACCUCCAGGACUCUGCUGUCAUACCCAGCGAACGUUGCUCUGUUGUUCAAGAGCCACCAUUACGUUUAACAGGCAGCCAGUUGUCUAUUGCACAUGUAGCCACCAUCAAGCAAUUACGGGAAAACCAGAGUACACCACAAAGUGCGCCACAAGUCAGGAGACCUUUACACCCGGCCCUGAGUCAGCAGAACAGCUUGCAGCCCUUGUCUUUUCAAAAUCCUGUGUACCACCUCAACAACCCUCCACCAACUAUGCCCAAAGCAUCUGUGGACUCUAGUCUUGAAAACCUAAGCACUGCCAGUUCUCGAAGCCACAGCAACAGUGAAGAAUUUAUCCUUAGUGGACCUAGCAAUAGCAGUAUGGAAGACUUUACUAAAAGGAGUACCCAGAGUGAGGACUUCAGCAGACGGCACACCAUGCCAGAAAGACCUGUUCCUAUAGCACUGCCAAGACAGAAUAGCACAGGACAAGCCCAGAUCCGAAAGACUGACCAAGCGGCUCUUGGUGCUCGAGCCAAGGCCCCACAGUCUUUGCCACACAGUGCCUCCUUACGUAGCACAGGUAGCAUGUCUGGCAUCUCUGCAACACUGCUUGCUGAGCCUGUGCAGAAUGGGAACCGGUCUAGACAACAGUCAACAUCUUCCCGUGAGAGCCCUGUACCUAAGCUACGAGCCAUUCAUCGCCAGCAGACCCAGCAGUUUCUGCUUAAGGUGCAGUCACCUGUGGAUUCUGCAACAAUGUCCCCGGUGGAGAGGACAGCUGCAUGGGUGCUGAAUAAUGGACAAUAUGAAGACGAGGAGGAGGAAACUGGGGACCAAACUAAGGAAGAACCCAAACCUGCUGAGAAGUAUGAGCAAGAGAUAGCCAAACUAAAGGAGAAGUUAAAGGUUUCUAGCCGUCGCCUGGAGGAAUAUGAGAGGCGGCUCCUGGUGCAGGAACAGCAGAUGCAGAAGCUGUUAAUGGAAUACAAAUCUAGACUAGAGGACAGCGAGGAGCGACUGCGGCGGCAGCAAGAAGAGAAGGACAGCCAAAUGAAAAGUGUCAUUAGCAGGCUAAUCGCUGUAGAAGAGGAAUUAAAAAAGGAUCAUGCAGAGAUGCAGGCUGUCAUCGAUGCAAAGCAGAAAAUCAUUGAUGCACAGGAGAAGAGGAUCAUGUCGCUGGAUGCAGCCAACACGCGCCUGAUGAGCGCGCUAACGCAAGUGAAGGAGCGUUAUAGCUCGCAAGUUCGGAAUGGCAUCUCUCCAACCAACCCCACUAAACUGUCCAUAACCGAAAACGGAGAGUUCAAGAACAGCAGUUGCUAGUCUCCAGUCCGGAACUGUGUGCCAUCGAUGCUGCUAAACCAAAUGACUAGCGAGAGUCCAUGGAAGAGUGUGACACCUAACUACGCCUUUUUGUGACUAUGGAUGGAUUCGCCGCCAUAGCGCGCUGUAAAUACAGAGUGACUGCAUUGUGUUCUGUACAGAAAUUGACAUGUAACAUACCAAAUGGAAUUAAUAAUAUGUAGAAGAUCUUUUUAUAUGUAUAAAAAAAAAAAGACAUAAAAUGACAUAUUUUUAUUUGUGUUUAUGUUUCCAUUGACAAGAGUGGUAACUAUCAGAUUAAAGUGUAGUAGACAGAGCUGUAUAUAUCACAUCAAUACCCACCAUUAAGUAUAUUGCAGGGCAGAAUGCACAAAAGACCAAACCAGUAGAGCAGUGGUAUCCAAACGCCAACCUUCAACUGUUGCAGAACUACAACUCCCAGCAUGCCCGGACAGCCAACGGCUGUCCGGGCAUGCUGCGAGUUGUAGUUUUGCAACUGCUGAAGUGUCCGCCGUUUGAUGACCACUGCCGUAGAGUACGUUUUUCUUCUUAGAAAGCUUCAGACCUGACUCUGAUGCAUGGCGAUGCCAGCAAAGCAUUUCGCAGUAUGUUGCAAGUGCCUUCCGCUGGAAUAAAACUGAACACUAAUGGCUGCAAACUGAGGAAAAACAACCUUUAGGUCAGGACAUUUCACACACCCCUGGACUGCACCAUAUAGAUAUAUAUAUAGUUUUAACUAUUUUUGCUUUUGUUGUUUAGGUUGUUUUUUUGUUUUUGUUUUUUUGUUUUUGUUUUUUUGUUUAUUUUUUAUUUUUUUUUACAUUUUGAAGUUUACAGAUUUGUAUAUAUGUAUAUUUUUGGUUGUAAAAUGCAAUUCUACAGUUACCCUAUAAUGACAUUGUCACCGUACACAAGGAAGGGUCACAGCUGGAUUUGUCACAAUGUUAAGGAUUCGUAUGCCCGUACUGCUAUAUUUUUUAUCCCAAAAGUGUAUUCUUUGACUGACGGACGAAUUUUACACUGCUACUGAUGUAUGGAUGUUCUAGAAUAAGCACUGAAGUCCUCUCUAUCUUGUAUGGGAGAGCACCUUCUAUUGAUGCAAUAGCAAUCAUUUCAUUUAAUAUCUUUCAAUCAUUGAAGCUUAAAGGGGUAGUCCAGGGAACUAAGCCUUUUGGACACUUAUCCCCUAUGCACUUAUCCCCUGAUCGCGGGGAGUCUGACUGCUGGGACCCCACUGUUAUCUCCUCUACGAGCCUUGUCCUAUUUACAUGUCCUUGGAGCAGAGCCGCCCCCACCUUCCUGGAGAAACGCAAGUGAUUGGCUGAGCAGGCUGUCACUUGUCACGUGUACCAAGGAUGGAUGUAUAAGUAAAAGAGGUCCCGUACAGGAGAUCAUGGGGGGAUACCAGCACUUGGACCCCCCCACAAUCAGACACCUAUCCUUUAUGUGUGGAUAGGAUUUAAGUGUCUAAAAAGUUAAAAGUUCCAUGGACUACCCCUUUAAAAGGAGCCUGUUGUGUUAGAAGUGCAGUUCAACUUACAGGCAUCAUGUAAUAGACCAGGAGGAACUGAACAUAUUUUCAUUAAUUGGGCGGAUCUACUUGGUGAUUAACAACUAUCUCUGUAUGCACAUCAAUCACUAAAGUAGGACCGCCCAUUGGACCCUAAGCAUGGAAAGAGACGAUGUUUCAAUAAAUAUUAUAGAGGUUACAUUGAUUCUUUUCCCAUAAAAAUAUACAUGAAUAUUUUGUUCUUCUGUUCUAUAACAUAGAAUCUGCAUUUUCAACUAGACAGGUCCCUUAACACCUGUUACCUCUUUACGGCCAGGGACCCCCCUCCCAAGCACACACACACCCCUGUUGAUCUGUGGGAGUUCAGAUUGAUUUUGUGAACCAUAUUGUAAACUGUAAAUCUGUGAAGACCCUGGUUGUUACAGAACAAUUCUGCACCUGAUAAUAGGGAGGUAUGAAUCUGGGAGCUUGGGAUGUAACCCAGUAUGAUUGUGGAAUUAUGUGAUGAACGAAGUAGUAAGAUUGGACGCAUUAUUAUUAUUGACACUGGACACUUGUUAAUUAUGUUAACUAUAUUAUUUGGGACAGAUUGUCUGUCCAUUUACUGGACUCCACGGGCCUCUUUUAUCAAGACUGUAUACCUGGAAGCUUUGCCCAUAAGAAGACAUAUCAAAUCUUAGCUUUACAUUUUUUCCAGAGCAGUUAAUCAAAUUAAAGGGAAUCUGUCAUGAUGAAAAUACAGUCCAAUCUGCAGGCACCAUGUUAUAGAGCAGGAAGAGCUGAACAGAUUGAUAUAUAGGUUUGUGGGAAAAGUUCCAGGAUAACUUGUCAUUUAUGUAAAUCUCUGAUCAUUAUAGGCUAAGUAGUCGUGUGGGCGGUCCUACUUAAUGAUUGACAUGUAGAGAGCUGUCAACCAAUGAGUAUGACUGGCCACUUGACAACUUAGCCCAGAGUGAGUAAAGUAAUCAAAUGGGUGGUCCUACUCAGUGAUUGACAGCUCUCUACAUAACACCCACAUAUAACUGUCAUUCACUGAGUAGGACCGCCCACAUGACUACUUAGCCUAAAUGAGCAGAGGUUUUCAUGAAUAAAUAACACGUUAACCUGGAAUUUUUCUAACAAUACUAUAUAUCAAUCUGCUCAGCUCCUUCUGCUCUUUAACAAGCUGCCUGCAGAUCGGACUGCAUUUUCAAUGUGACAGGUUCCCUUUAAAUCUGUUUUCUGAAUGAAGGCCAGGUUUACAUAAAUGAGGUCCGAUGAAGACAUGGUACCCAUUUUUGUUUAUGUCUGGUUAAUCAUUUACAUGUCAGUUUGUCUGGAUGUAGGUAACACUCAUUCAUGUUUCCUGGGCAGUAUGAUCGGGAGGCACCUAUUAGUGGAUCCAUAUCAUUUUACGCCAUUUUUGACAUUUACACUGAAAUGAUUACUUUUUUCCAAUAUUUUUUUAGGUUGCUUUAUCUAUAGUCAGAUAUGACCAUGAUUGAACGGUUACUGUUGUUAGGGGGAGAGGGAUUCAGACUUGGGGGGUCAUGAUUGACUUUAGAUACCAAACUAUACAAAAGGGCUAAUCAAACGGUGUGAGCGACUAGAGAGUGACUGACGCGAGCAGAAGACUUGCACACUUGUGUUUUAUUUAUUUAUUUCUCACCCCCUCCGCUGGUUUCUUUCGUUUUUAUUUCCGUUCUUCUCCUCUGUAACAUCCAGGGAUUUUGUGGAUAACUAAAUGGUUUUUGAAACCAGUAAGGAAAUUAGCUAUUUUAAUAUUGUUGAUAUCUACAAUAAAAGGAAGUUAUGUACUUAA